AUGUUCGCGUCCACGUCCCGCACUGUGCUCGGCUCGCUGCGCGUUGCGCGUGCCUUCUCUACGUCGACGCCGCGGGCGAAGAAGGCGCAGCCGCUCAUCGUUGAGCUCAUCCAGGAUGUUCCCGGUCUCGGGCGCAAGUUCGACCGCGUUGAGGCCAAGCGCGGCUUCGUGCUCUCGUACCUGCUUCCCCGGCGCUUGAUCCGCCUUCUGCCAUGGAAGAAGUGGGCCCACCGCCCAACGGUGUACAUUCGGCCAGAACACGUUGCUGCGCCCGGCGUGCAGUCGCUCAUUGACGGGCCGAACGCACAAGCCGCAUCGGCGAAACAGGCCAUCGUCAACCUAGCUGAUGUCCCCGACACGCUCACGUUCAAGCGCCGCACCAUCAAGCCAGACGAGCCGGCGCUGCACGGCUCAAUUUCCGUCGCUGACGUGACCGCCCUCCUCGCCGACGAGUACCAGCUGCCUCUGGGCUUGAUCGAGUUCUCGUUUACUGGGCUGGGCCCCAAGGACCGCAUCAAGGCGCUCGGAACCUUUACUGGCCGCAUUGCGGUGCGGGGACGCAAGGAGGGCAAGGACGUCACGGUCGCGAUUGAGCGCCAGGGGUGGCGACUGGUUUCCAAGAUUCCGUCCACUUCACCAAAACGAACCGGCUUUGGAGGCCGGCCCCUCCGCCAGCCCUCCCCCGGCGCCGCCAACGUGCCUACAAUGUCGAUGCUCACGAACCGUGGGCUGGGAUUCAUGCUCAGCCCUGCGACGAAGCGGUUGUUGAUGCGGCUGCUAUUGCUCGUCGCGUGUGUUUGGCUGUUCCGCAACCUCACCUCUUCAACCAAGACCCAGGAGAUCCAGAAGCACGGAGUGUUUGAGCGCGUGCUCACUUCGGAAAAGUACCUCGACGUGCAGGCCAACCCCUUCCUGCAGAGUCGUAGGGGACGCGAUGAGCGGCCAGACCUGUUUGACGAGGAGGUGUCGGACGGCAUCCUCGACUAUUGGACGCGUUUCAGGAAGCCCUUUAUCACCAGCAAGGAGUCGGCGCACUACGACACACAGGUCAUGAAGGGCGUCGUUGACGACCUGCUCAAGUUCAACGGCUGGGUCACUGGCGGGUGCCAGACCCUGAUUCGUCCGUUCGACUCGUUCAACGACAACUACGACGACCUCGUCGAGGCCGACAACCUGUACUAUGUCGCGAUCAUCGUCAACCAGGCCGACCACUUUGUAGUUGACCAGCUGGCGGUCGUCGUCGGUCUCGCCCGCCGUCUCGGUACGCGCAACAUCUUUGUCUCGAUUCUGGACCAGGGCUCGACGGAUGCGACGCAGACGCUGUGCGACAUCACCGAAGCCGUCCUAACCAUCCUCGGCAUCGCGUUCCGUAUCCGCCGCGUCCCCGCAAUGCCCAUCAACUACUACCCGCUGGAGGAGGCUGAGGUCCGCAACCUCGCCCUCGAGCCGCUCCACGAACUCAACGAGAAGCGCAACUUCAAGUUCCAUCGCGUCAUCUGGCUCAAGGGCUUUACAUGCCCUACCGACGUGCUAGAGUCGCUGCGUGUGUCCGAGGUCAACAAGGCCGCCAUGGUGUGCGGCAUGGACUGGGCUGAGCACAGUGGCUUCUUCAUCUUCUCAGACCGCUGGCGCACGCGUGACAUUGCGGGCGACCUGUUCCGCCAGGCCCGGUCCAGCUCCAACCCCGAAGCCGGCCCACCUCGUGACCCAAUCGGCACGCACCGCUACGCCGAGCACCUGCCGUUCCAGGUGUUCUGCUGCGAGUCAGGUACGCACGUUGUCGACCCUGCCCAGUCGUACUACCGCGGCAUCCGGUACCGCGCGUCGCACGACGCCGUCAAUGUCACGGACAAGGACACGCUCGCAACGGACCCGGAGACGCCGUGCAUGGACUCUGCGCAGAUGUGGUUCUGCCGUGACUUAUGGGUCGACGCUGCCAAGCACGGUGGCAGCCAAAAGAUGGCCGCCGGGCGCGGGGAUCGGCGGAGCAUGAACAAGCGCGAGAUCGACACCGUCAGCGAGAACCUUGAGCCGCUGCAGAAACGCGAGGCGGAGGCGGCUCCCAAGGCCGACGAGAAGAGGGACGCUGUGCCCGAGGCUGAGGCUGUUCCCGACGCUGCCGAGGAGAAGAAGAUCAACAAGCCCGCCAAGGGCGGCGAUAAGCUCAAGGGCGGCGAUAAGCUCAAGGGCGACAACAAGGACGAGGACCCCGCCGAGCGCAAGGACCGUCGAGAGGACGGCUCGGACAAGACGGCAGGCGAUAACGUCGGCAGUAACCUCGACGCCAUGGAAGAAGACGCGUCCAACCCAGCUCCCGAGCCGCUCAGGAACGACGAACACUCGUACCUUUUCUCGAACAGCGCAUAUGAGGCUGCGCGCAUCCUUGUCAACCCACGCUGUUUGACGACUUACGGCGGCGUGUCGCACACCAAGCUCGCGCUCGACCUCUUUGGCGGUAAACAUGGACAUUCGCACACGGCCAAGCAGAACCUCGUGAUAGAUGAGUGGCAGGGCGCGCCCGACUCGUUUGUGUGCCAGGAGAUGCGCACGACUGGCGGGCGGACAGCGCAGAAGAGCCAGCGCCGCGUGAGCUUCCAGCUCCAGUACGAGGUCGACCAGUAG